UUUCCAUUCUGCUAUAAAAAAAAUACCUGUAGAAACUUUGUUUUCAUUGUAGUGAGCAAUACAAUCGCAUGGUGUCAGUAUGUUAGCAAAAAACGGAUCUAAUCUGUCGUCAUUGAAUUUUGGUUCCACCUCUUUAUAGCCUCUUACUUCGAUACUAGCAGAAUCGCUUGGUAGCUUACUGCUGUUAUCAAAUACAUAUUGUCCCGUGUUUUUAGCAUUUUUAAACAGAGUGAACAUUUACAUAUGUCGGAUGUGUCGGAUUAAUUCCUUACAACACGGUUAUUAAUCCCGCGAGGAAUCCACAACAAUUUGUUUUCAAUCAUGGAACAAAGAGGAUGCGAGGCAAGAAGGGCGAGAAGACGAUGUGUCGGCUGUGUGCUUGCUGUGCUUUUGUGGAGCGUGGCCUCGGCGCAAUUAAGAUACUCCAUCUCUGAGGAAGUUAACGAAGGAACUAUGGUUGGAAAUAUAGCAAAGGAUUUGGGAUUAGAUAAAAGCACGCUGAAAGACAGGAAGUAUCGGAUUGUUUCUACUGCUAUAGAACCUCUUUUCCGUGUAGAUCAGAACGAUGGCAUCCUGUACGUAAGCCAAAAGAUUGACAGGGAAGAGGUGUGCGAGCGAAGCAGUUUAUGUUUGAUAAAUCUGAAAACUGUACUGGAAAAUCCACUGGAGGUCCACUAUGUUGGAGUUGAAGUUCUGGAUAUAAAUGACCAUUCUCCCAGUUUCCCAGAGAAAGAGAAAACGCUGGAGAUUUCUGAGUCCGUGUUACCUGGAGUACGUAUUCCGUUAAAAGCAUCACGCGAUCCAGACGGUGGUCCUUUUUCUGUUCAGCAGUACAAACUUAGCCCCAAUGAUCACUUCCGUUUGGAAGUUAAGGAUAAGGGAGAAGAUGGUAAAAUACCAGUAUUAAUUGUGCAAAAAUCUUUGGAUAGAGAGUCAGCGGGAAGCCACUCAUUAGUGCUGACUGCGGUGGAUGGAGGGAAACCUCCGAAAUCAGGCGAGAUGAAUAUUCUAGUAAAUGUUUUAGAUGUAAAUGAUAACGCGCCUGUUUUCUCUAAAGAUGUUUAUUCUAUGAUGCUCGAUGAAAAUGUUCCAGUAGGUACAACAGUCAUACAAGUGAAUGCAACUGAUUUAGAUGACGGACCGAACGGAGAAGUGAUUUAUUCAUUUAGCAACAGUGUGAGUCAUAGAUUAUUAAAUCUUUUUGAUAUCAAUCCAUCAACAGGUGAAAUAAUUGUGAAAGGUUUGAUAGAUUAUGAGGAGAAGGAAAAAUAUGAGAUUGAAAUUCAGGCAUCAGAUAAAGGUCUGGCUCCUUUAGAGACACAAAAAAGCGUAAUUAUCAAGAUAGUUGACGUUAAUGAUAAUGCACCUGAAAUUGAGGUUACUUCCUUUUCAAGCUCCAUCCCUGAAGAUUCCAGACCAGGAACUACAGUUGCCCUUAUCAGUGUUAAUGACCUGGACUCUGGUCUCAAUGGAAAAGUUAUUUGCUCCAUAGGUGAAGAUGUUCCUUUUGCUUUAUCACCAUCUUUACAAGAAAAUAUGUAUUCAUUAGUGACCAAAUCACCUCUGGACAGAGAGAUACAGUCACAUUAUAUUAUAACAGUAGUUGCAAAAGAUGCUGGUCACCCUUCAUUAUCAUCUGAAAAGACAAUAAGCGUUGUGGUGUCAGAUGUGAAUGACAACAGUCCAGAGUUUUCACUGAGUCCAUAUACUUUCUAUGUCACUGAAGCUAAUGAGCCAGGUACCUCUGUGUUUUCUGUUAAAGCAUUUGAUCGUGAUGAGAACGACAAUGCACUUGUUUCCUAUCAUAUUCUCAGAGAUGGAAGUAAAGAAAAUAAAGUGACUUCAUUUCUCAACAUAAACUCUGAAACUGGAGAUAUUUUGGCGCUAAAAAGUUUUGACUUUGAAACACUGAAGACUUUCCAGUUCCAAGUUGUUGCCACAGAUUCUGGAACUCCGUCACUAAGCAGCAACGUCACAGUGAACGUGUUCAUUCUGGAUCAGAACGACAACGCUCCAGUCAUCCUGUAUCCAGUCAGCUCUAACGGUUCUGCUGAAGGUGUGGAGGAGAUUCCCCGCAAUGUGAACGCAGGACACUUGGUGACUAAAGUCAGAGCCUAUGACGCUGAUAUAGGAUAUAACGGCUGGUUACUGUUUUCACUGCAGGAAGUUACUGACCACAGUCUCUUUGGUUUGGACCGCUAUACAGGACAGAUCAGAACACUUCGCUCAUUCACAGAGACAGACGAGGCUGAGCAUAAACUGGUCAUACUGGUGAAAGACAAUGGGAACGUUUCACUCUCAGCGACAGCUACUGUGGUUGUCAAAGUUGUGGAGCCCAAAGAGGCUUUUGCUGCUUCUGAUGUUAAAAGUGCAACAAAGGAUGAGGAGGAGAAUAAUGUGACUUUUUACCUGAUGAUAACUUUGGGCUCAGUUUCAACACUUUUUCUCAUCAGUAUCAUUGUACUGAUUGCAAUGCAGUGCUCCAAAACCACAGACUAUACUUCUAAAUAUCUACAAGAGACUAAGUAUGAUGGGACACUGUGUCACAGCAUCCAGUACAGAUCUGGAGACAAACGGUACAUGCUAGUAGGACCCAGAAUGAGUAUAGGAUCUACUAUAGUCCCGGGCAGCCAUGCGAAUACACUAGUGCUCCCUGACAGGAGAGGGACAUCUGGAGAGAGAUCAGAACAGAUGUAGGUCUGCACUGCACUUGGCAUCGGUGCUCAUACAGCCACAACAUCUGCUGCUGUGCUUAGGUCAUCACUGCAUGCCUGGAGGAUUGAACUGACUGAGCGGGCAGCGCAAGGCUACAUGCAAGACAGACAGCUAUUAAGUGGAAAACAAGUGAGGACACAGUUGGUUGAAAAUCCCCUUUAAGGUCACCCUGUUGCCUAAAAUCGCCCAGUGAUCUAGAUUUAAUGGGAUGGGGUUGUGAUCUCUCAUUGAUAGAAUGUAUGGUUGAGAAAAAUCCAGAGUCAGCUGUUUAGACAUUGGAUGCAGUCUUAGUAAGAGGAUUGCCUUCUUACAACAAUAUAUCUGCACUGCUCACUGUGGAGUAGACGGGGUAUAAGGCCACAGUUGCCAUACACUUGUCUGAUUAAAUACCGUAUGUUGUAUUCAUUUCUGGCCAUGCAUGGAUGGGAUCAGAUGUUGGCUGUUAGAUGGAUCAAGUCUCUAGCUGAAGGGUUCCUCUUCCCCCUGUGGCUAUUUGCCCAUGUCAUAUCCCCACUAAGCAUCUUGGGUAACUACUAUGCCUUUAUUUAGCAAUAGCAUUCUUAUUUCUCUGGAUGUUCCCUGUUUGGGCAUUCACAACAAGAAAGUUUUAUAGUCAAGCUUAUGUGUGUUUAUGACUUCUUUAAUGUUGCUACACCACAGUAUUGAUAACUUGUCUUUUUCUUUUAAUGCUUUUUUUUAACAUGGUUAGCAGGAGUGCAAACAGAAUUCCACUAGAAUUUGUGUGUCUGUUCAGUUACAAGGCUGUAACUAAAACAACAUUGUCUGAAAAAUAAUACAGAAAAAACUUUGUAUAUAUUUUUGAGUAUGUUUCAUUAGUUGUAUAUUGAGUGUUCUGGUCAAACUGGGCAAACCUUCCUUUGUGAUCUAAUCGUGAUAUUUGUGUCAUGCAAAGAGCAUAUUGUCACUGUGUUUAUUUCAUAAUUUAACUUUAGUUCACGUCUUGCAUGGCCCUCUAGGAAGAUUCUGCAUCUCUUGAACUGUAAGGCAUUUUCAAAAAAGCAAUUAGGUCAGCUCAGACAAACAAACUAUUACUAAUACUAAACUAAUACUACUAAAUAUUUUUUCUUUUUUCUUAAAAGUUCAAAUGUUGAAGGUGCGAGUUUUCACCAGACGUCAGUGAUAGAUUCAACAGCCUUUUUCUAAAAGCAUGAAAAUGUGGUCAGAAUUGUAUCGUAAAGAAAUAUAAAUCAUUCACUGUGCUGAUAUCAAGCGUGUGUGAUCUCAUGCCACUGACUGUAGAUAGAGAAAACGCCUGUUUUAACACUAAUUAAAGCUACAUGUACAUGUAUGUAUGUUUUCUUCUUAUUUUUAAAAUGGACUGACCAUCAUUUGGCUCCUUCUGGUCAUCCUUGAGAGUGUGAACCAGUGAGCUGUACAGUGAGUGAGUCAUCUCAUCCCACAUGUAGAUUUUCAUUUUGUGAAGUUGGUCUGCUGUGUUUAUUUUUAGGUGAACCAUCUGUAAUGGAAACAUGAAAUCAGGAACUUUGGCAUUUAUGGUUAUUGCUAUUAUUCCAUCAUGAUAUUAGAUAGAUUUGGUUAUGUGAUGCCCUGUAGCAAAUCAGACUUGAGUUGUGUAUGUGCUUGUUUAGAUAUGUACUGAUCGCUAAAUGUUGUUCCAUGUUUCCCGCCAUCUUAGUGGGUACAGUCUGUGAAUAAAACAAUGAAACAUG